CUUUUUCUUCCUUCACCCCGCUUCUUUUAUAUUCACAUGUUGCUUUCACAUUUUUCCUUGUGUAUCUAAAUCCAAUCACAGAUAUGGCAUUGCAUCUUCAAAUGAUUUUACCUAUCUCAUUGGUUCUUGCCAUCAUUUUAUCAGGGCAAAGAACAUGCGAGUCAGCCAGAGUAUUCACCAUAGUAAACUACUGCAAGGAGACCCUAUGGCCAGCCGUAAUACCCGGGGAAAAUUUCAACGGUGGAGGAUUCGUCCUUAAACCUGGACAAUCCUCCGUGUUUAACGCCCCAAUAAGUUGGAGUGGCCGAAUAUGGGCUAGAACCGGCUGCAAGUUCGACCAAGAUGGAAAUGGACCAUGCGAAACAGGGGCGUGCGGCACCACUUUAAAAUGUGGUGGUGGAGGCAAAACCCCAGCAUCUCUAGCCGAAUUCACACUCGCUCAACCUGAUUUCUAUGAUGUUAGCCUUGUUGACGGCUUCAACGUGCCAAUUUCUGUUAAGCCGAUAAACGGAAAGGGAAAUUGCUCAACGGCUGGUUGUGACUCUGACCUUAGAUUAACUUGUCCCAAAGAACUUUCCGUUAAGGCUAACGGAAAGACUGUUGGGUGCCGAAGCGCAUGCGAUGUGUUUGAUACCGAUGAGUAUUGUUGUAGAGGGAAUUUUGGGAAUCCUUCUACUUGUAGACCAACUUUUUACUCUAAGAAGUUUAAGGAAGCUUGCCCAACUUCUUAUAGUUAUGCUUAUGAUGAUCCAACUAGUAUCUUCACCUGCACUGGAACAGACUAUUUCAUUGCUUUCUGUGCUGACAGGAAAAAACAGAUGUGCACUUACCAUGAUCAUAACCUUCAUUGUAGUGGAUCACAAAGCUUAAUGUCAUUAAUUGGAAGCUGGUGGAUGGCAAUGAUAACUGUGUUUUCAAUUCUUAGUUUGUGGAUUGGAUAAAUAGACCCUAAAAGACAUUUUAUGAGUUAUAUAAAUGGAAUCGUGUUUUCUUUUCUCUA